CGACACUUCAUUUGCUUUGCUUAAAAGGUUAGUAUGCUGCUUGUUUGAGAAGAAAACAGGCGGAACGAAAUAGUUUGUGUUCGUCUACAGACAUUGACAUACUUACUGCUGGUCUACUUUUCUUGACUAGACUACAUAAGAUGACGAGCGAAAAGAUCGACGUGGCUCAACAGCCGAAAGAGAAGAAGAGCAAGAAGCGAAAAGCAGAAGAGGCGACUGCUACUGCCUCUGUACCUGCUGCCGAUUCCGUCGCCGCUCCGGUCACUGACAAAAAGAAGAAGAAAAAGAAGGAUAAGGAGGGAGCUACAAGUCCAUGCUCCAGUGUCGAGACUGUUGCACCCGAUGAAGCUGCAAAGGCAGAGAAAAAGAAGAAGAAAAAGAAGGACAAGUCAUCGUCAGAUGGUGCUGCAGAUGAAAAAGUAGCUGCUGCAGAUGAAUCUCAAGCACCAGAAGCAGAAGAUGCUGAAGCAGCAUCUUCGACUAAGAAAAGGAAAAAGAGUAAGUCGACUUCUUCAGAGGAGGCUUUAUCAAAGUCCGCUUCUUCCCAGCAAGAUGAUCGAGUUUCCCCGAUCACUGGCCGUGCUCUAUCUGCUGCAGCCCUCAAGAUUCUGCAGAAAAGGAAGCAAUUGCCUUGUUGGGCAGUGAAGCAGAAGUUUCUAGACCUAGUGCGCGACAAUCAGGUCACGGUCUUAGUCGGUGAGACCGGUAGUGGAAAGACGACGCAGAUGCCACAGUUUCUGGCUGAAGUUUAUUCGAAUGCCACUAGUAGUUCGCUCAAUGAAAAGAAGAUGGUAGCAGUCACGCAGCCCCGUCGUGUGGCGGCUAUGAGUGUGGCUACUCGUGUCGCCGAAGAAAUGGACGUUCCCCUUGGUCAAGAGUGCGGUUACUUGAUCCGUUUCGAAGACAAGACAUCCCCUGACACAGUCGUGAAAUACAUGACAGAUGGUAUGUUGCUACGAGAAUGCAUGACCGAUCCGAUGCUAAGCAAAUACAGUGUCAUCUGCUUGGAUGAAGCCCAUGAACGUACGCUUAGCACCGACAUCUUGUUUGGUCUUCUGAAACGGGUGUUGCCGAAGCGUCCAGAGCUGAAGGUCGUAGUCAUGAGUGCGACGCUAGAGGCAGAAAAGUUUCAAGCGUACUUCGGCAAAGCCUCAUCCAAACUCCCUCCACUCCUUACGGUUUCCGGCCGAAUGUUCCCCGUGGACAUCAAAUACACGCAAACGGCGCAACGAGAUUACGUGCAAGGCUCGGUGGAUAGGGUGAUGGAGAUCGUUAAAACGGAUGUUGACUCUUCAUCUCCAGAUGUCGACGGAAAUAGCAAGGGUGACAUCCUAAUUUUCCUUACCGGUGAAGAGGAGAUCGAAACUUGCUGCCGUGCACUCGAAGAGCAGCUUCCAGAGGACGAUAACGUCGUGCUCCCCUUAUACUCAUCUCUUCCUCCUCAGCAGCAGAAACGCGUGUUUCAAAACUUUGACGGGCAGAGGAAAAUCGUGGUGGCAACCAACGUUGCGGAAACAUCUAUUACCAUUGAUGGCGUAGUUCACGUGAUCGACUGUGGAUUGGUCAAAGUGAAGGUCUACAACCCAAGAACGCAUGUGGAGUGUCUCUUGGUAAAUCCGAUCUCGAAAGCAGCAGCAAAACAACGGGCAGGUCGUGCGGGCCGCACAAGACCGGGAACGUGCUACCGACUGUACACGGAGAAUGCGUUUAACAUUAUGAGCGAGUGGACGAAUGAAAAUGAAUAAGAAUUUGUCACAGGAGAAUAAUGGACCUUCGCUCCUCUUAUUUUUCUGACUUCUCUGUGAUUAGCAUAGUGUCGUCCACCUCUUUUGUUCUCCCAAAUUGUUCUUCUACCUCUCAUCCAUUUCACUCUCCAUCAAUGAAUUUUACUUUCCAUUGAGACAACUUGCUCUAAUCCUUCUUCUCUCCUGGAAUCGUCGUGGCCGGAAAUUUUACGUACGAACUUGGGCUCUGCAGUCUUGACGUUGUUGAAUCUAGGCGUUGAGGAUGUGGUGCACUUUGACUGGAUGGACCCCCCAUCCCCAGAAUGCAUGAUGCGUGCUUUAGACCUCCUUCUACAACUAGGUGCCGUAAACGACGAGUGCGAAUUGACCGAGUGCGGCCGCAAACUUGCUGAAUUCCCCUUGGAUCCGCAGUUGGGAAAGUGCUUGCUUAGAGCAUCGGAGUUGGGCGUGACGAAGCAGAUGGCAGCGAUUAUUGCGUUGAUUAGUGGGGCGCCUGCGCAUAUGCGACCACGGAUGUACCAAAAACAGGCGGACCGAGCACACAAGAAAUUCAACAGUGUGCACGGCGAUCACCUGACGAUGCUGAAUAUUUUCGAAGCGUACUAAUCUAUCAUUUUUUGGCAUUUUACUUUAUACUGUAGUACAAGCAAACAUUCCCUCCCCCGUCUGACUGUUGACUAGAUGUAAGUACGACAAAGAUUUUGAUUUUCUAUUAAAGCAGUAGGUACUCGCGUCGCUCUCUAUCGCCAUCCAUGCAACAAGCUACAGCAUCCUGUCACAAUCUUCACAAAAACACCGAUGAUACACAGGUACGAAGCCAACAAGGCGAAUUUGAAGCAGUGGGCGUACGAAAACUACCUCAAAGACCGUUCUCUCUCUAGUGCCGGUUCAGUCCAACGGCAGCUCCUCCGGCUCUGCGCCAAACUCGACGUGCCCGUCUCGGACAACGCUCCUACCGAAGAAGGCGACACUGUCCAAUCUGCGAUUAGAAAAGCCUUAAUCGCAGGCUUCUUCCAGCAGGUGGCGCAUAUAUCUGGGAAGCAAUAUACGACGGUUCGAGACCGGCAGUUGGUGGAGAUCCAUCCUGGCAGCGGGUUGGAGCACAAGCCGGAAUGGAUACUGUACCACGAACUGGUCUUGACCGACAAAAAUUACUUGAGAACAGUGACGGCUUUGAGGUCCGAGUGGCUGGUGUCGGAAAAGCCAACUUUUUUUCCGGAUCAAGUGGUGAAUGAGGAAGCAAGAAAGGGGUUGCAAAGAUAUGUGAAGAAAUGAGUGCCGUGACUUUCAAGAUGACUAUGCGGGUGUUGUUGCUAUGGAUGAGCAAUUUUUUUUUGGUCAACAAGUGGUGCAUGGAUUGUCAUGAUCCCUUCACCUUCUGCCAUGAUCAAUAGAUUAUUCGUUGAAUCUUCAACAAAUGCAAUCUUCUUUCGUUAAGUAUGUAUCCUCCUGCAUGAAGAAAAAUCCUAAUCCUUUGUUUUUCACUCUGUUGACAUGGAGUUAACAAGAAGAAGCCAUAUGUCCUCUUCGUCCUAUCCGACAAGGGCUAACAAGGA